ACGCGCCCAGCUGGAGUCAUGCCGAUUAGGAAUUAAUAAGGGCCACGGAUAGAGGGUUUAGGAAGGGAGGAGGGAGGAAGUUGUCCACCACCUCCCCCCACCUUUACAGUUUUAGACCCGCACCUGAAAUAUUAUUGAGGUAUCCUUUUAACUGAGCCAAUAGGCUACUUGGAAUCCUGUUUCUCAGCCAAAAAUGGUACCCCAAGGCAGCCAUCUAUUUGUAGCCAUUCACGGGCUUGUUUGAGGAUUAGAAAGAGCAUCUUUAAUAAUCCUGAACAUUCCUUGAUGGGUCUAGAACAAUUUUCUCAUGUUUGGAUUUUAUUUGUUUUUCACAAAAAUGGUCACUUGAGCUAUAAGGCAAAAGUGCAGCCCCCCAGGCUGAACGGUGCAAAGACUGGGGUGUUUUCCACACGGAGCCCUCAUCGUCCCAAUGCUAUAGGACUGACGCUGGCCAAGCUGGAGAAGGUGGAAGGUGGAACUAUAUACCUAUCUGGCAUUGACAUGAUAGAUGGCACACCUGUGCUAGAUAUAAAACCCUACAUAGCUGAUUAUGACUCCCCACAACAUUUGAUGAAGCCUUUAGGGGACCUUAAUCUACAGAAUAACCGACUUAAACCAAGGACUAUGUCCCAGUGUGAUGACAAGACUGAUAGCUGUGACCAGCAACAGCUCUCAGGGUCUGAUGGACCCCAGCCCUCCCAUGUAACUGUUGAGAAGCCUGGACGUUCUGAAGACGGAGCUCCAGAAGAAAACCUCCCAAAACACAGCAGCACAACAAACGCCCAGCGAACCUGGCCCGAACACGGAGAGAGAGUAAUGGAUUUGGGUGUGGAAUCAAGAAGUAGUGAGAGUCAGACUGUGACAGAACAGUUUGGCUCACCUGGUCCAGGGAAGAACUUUCUGGAGGAAGGUAUAGAGAAGAGGCCAAGGAGCAUGGAAAGUGCCUUGGUCCUGCGAGGAAGCUGUGUGGAGACACGGCACGUGGCUCCUCCUUGCCCUGCCCCAGUGGCUGACAGGACACCCCACAGCGAGGUUCCUGCCUGGGUGAGGGAGGCCCCCGCAGCCCCUUUGCAAGUCCGGUUUACUCCUCAUGCAGAGAUGGACCUUGGACAGCUCAGCCCAGGAGGUGAACCAGGUACUGGAAAGAUGUCAUUUAAAUAUUUUCAGUCUGCAGAGGAAGCCAAGUGUGCCAUCCAGGCCGUGCUGUCAGCGGAUCCCCGGUCUGUGUACCGGCGGAAGCUCUGCCAGGACCGUCUUUUCUAUUUUACUGUAGACAUAGCACAUGUUACAUGCUGGUUUGGUGACGGCUUUGCAGAGGUUCUAAGGAUCAAGCCAGCUUCUGAACCCAUUCAGAUAACUGAACCUGAGGAGUCCUUGGUGUCAUUGUGAUCUUAAGAGACUUCAUAUCUUUGGAACAACCUCUUCUGGUUUCCUGUUUAAGCUACUGAUGUGUUUUCUUUGCAGAACCAUGCAACACUUAGUCAUUUUUCUGAUUUGCUUGAUUGAGACUGUUCAGAGUAUUUAUUUGAAAAUAUGUAUUUAAUAAACUAUAA